AUGGAGGGUUAUGUCAACGGUGCAGUUCACGUAAUCGGUGAAGAUAUACGCCAAGAAAUGCCACCAGUAGCAACUCAACGACCGUACGUGGAGAUCACGGAGCAGCCGCAUCCGAAGGCGCUGCGGUUUCGCUAUGAGUGCGAAGGACGAUCGGCCGGUUCGAUUCCCGGCGUCAGUACCACGACCAAACACAAAACGUUCCCCAGCAUACAGGUGCACGGUUAUCGGGGACGUGCGGUUGUUGUGGUGUCCUGCGUCACGAAGGAAGGUCCCGAGCAUAAGCCGCAUCCGCACAAUCUCGUCGGCAAGGAGGGCUGCAAGAAGGGCGUUUGUACGGUUGAGAUCAACAGUACCACCAUGAGCUACACGUUCAACAAUCUGGGGAUACAGUGCGUUAAAAAGAAGGACGUCGAGGAGGCACUUCGUUUGCGCCAAGAAAUUCGGGUCGAUCCGUACAGAACUGGAUUUGGCCACGCCAAGGAACCCGGCUCGAUCGACCUCAACGCUGUCCGGCUGUGCUUCCAGGUGUUUCUUGAAGGUCAACAGCGUGAACGCUUCAUGGAACCGCUCACGCCGGUUGUGUCGGAUAUUAUCUACGAUAAGAAGGCGAUGUCCGAUCUGAUUAUCUGCCGGUUGAGCGACUGUUGUGCGCCGGUAUCCGGUGGCAAGGAGAUCAUUCUGCUCUGUGAGAAAGUUGUCAAGGAAGACAUCAAGGUGCGGUUCUUCGAGAAGAAGGGCAAUAUUACGGUGUGGGAGAACUAUGCAGAGUUUUCGCACACCGACGUACACAAGCAAGUGGCCAUUAGCUUCCGGACACCGCCGUACAAAGCGAUUGAUAUCAGUGAUCCUGCACGGGUUUACGUGCAGCUAGAGCGACCAUCGGACAACACGUACUCUGAGGCUCGAGAUUUCCAGUUCAUAGCACUAGACACAGUCGAACUGCGAAGAAAGCGCCAGAAGCUAGCGAGUUCAACGAAUGUCUUUUUGCCGGUAGCGAAACCGAUGCGGGGCCAGUCACCACAGGACAAUGUGGUGUCGGGCAAUAUUCCGAACCUAUCGCAGUUUACCCGCACUGACGGUCACAGUGCGUCGACGAGCGGUUUACCCCGUAAGUUUUUCUUCCUACUCCGCUGUUGGAGUACCAUUUUUCCAUUUCCCGCACAAACACACAGCAUUCUCAACAAAUAUCAACUGCAAUCGAUACCUCAGCCAGGACCGGAUCGAUCACCGUCCACGCUCACACCAUCCCCGGGCAUCGGUGGUCCGAUCUCAUCCCUGGAUCCCGGCAUUGUCACACCUACCCCACCCGCCUACACCACGCUGGGCGGCCCCGUUGGCAAUCUGUUCGGUACCUUUGCUACCAAUUUCGGUAACAGCACAGCGCAGCAGCAACCGAACGCCAGUCUGCCGAUAUUCGAAACCAACCUGCCCGGUCCAUCGAACGGUUGGGUGCAGCCCGUACCAUUACAGAACCAAAACGUCCCUAGUCAACAGCAGUCCUUCAAUUUGGGCAACUUUGGCUCGCUGCCACUUACCGGCGAAUCGAUGCUAACCAUGAACACAACGAACACGAUCCCCACCAACAACAGCCUGCCGAACGUGGGUCCACUCUCGAUGGGGUCCGAUUUGAACUUUAUGAACCUUGACUUUACAAACCUUGAGCCGUUCAACUCGUCCGAGAUACGGUCCGUGCUGGGGACGCUCUCUACGACGGAGCUGAACCGUCUGGAGGAUGCGGCUAACAUUCAAACGUCCGAUAACUGCCAUACAAAUUUGGAGACUCUCUUUGCGACCGAGCAACAGCACAACGACGAGGGCCUGACUGAUAGCUUUACGAAACUAAGCACCCAAGAUGAAAACUAAUUGAAAGAAUGUUAUUUUUGACUGCGGUCUCCUUAGUACCGCGGAAAACGCGUAUGAAGUGUAUGCCACUUCGACCUGCUCGGCUGUCAAAUCUUCC